AUGAUUGCCACAAUGCGACCUUUCUUCGCCGUCGCGCUAGCAUCUCUCUGUACCGUCGCCUUUUCGCUCCCCCACAAGCGGGACUUGUGGACGCGACCUCGCCAGGCGGUGUUCUCUACUCAGGUGAGCAUGCGUGUGCAUGAGCUCAGUACUGCGCCCCGCUCACUCGUCGAGGUGCGCGCAGCUCGUCAAGCGAGUCAUUUUCAGCAGCAACACAGUAAUUGCAAACGGGGAUCAUCGCCGGACGAUGGCCUUGAGUGUGAAAGACUACGUCAAGCAAUUCCCACACGCCAAGUAUGUGACUCCAGUGACUGGAUUCAAGUCUCCGACGCCAGAUAUGCCAAAGACACACUUUCAUGGCAGGUUGUACGAGACAACUGUUCCUAGUAGACUCAUCAAGGAUGCCAACGGAAACGUGGAGCACAAAAUUCCCAUGGCAUCUGGUCGCGGUUACGUCAAGUACGGCAGAGUCACCAACGAACAUGUUCACGAGGCGCCCGCCACUGCCGAAGAUAUCGAAAAGUAUCGCCGCACGCACACUGGGCGGUAUCCCCGUCGCGUGGAGGUCGACUUGCUCGACGAGCACGGAAAUGCCCCUAGCGAAGCGGUGGUUGCCAACGCUACCAAUCGUGGUGGUAAAAAAGGUCCACGCCAAAAGGAAGCGAUCCAACAAGAGCCACAACAAGAGGUACAAAUCGAGCCCAAAGAAAAGUCCUACUACGACGUCGUGCACGAGUCGAGGCUCAGACGCGCUGCUCGCGCUGAAAAAUUGUCGCUCGCAAAGCUCCGACCAAAGCCGCCCGCUCAGCAGAACCGGAGGCAGCUGCUGACGCCCGAAGAACGCAAGGCCAAGAACGUCAGACCUCAUGGACCGGGCGGACAAUUUCUCAGCCCGGAUCCAAACAAACGGCCAAAGACGACGGAGAAAGGCGCAAGUCUUGAGCGACCUCGCGACGCCUCGGGACGCUACUGUCAAAAUGAAGCGUGCACGACGAUUGAGCUUGAUUCUAGUAGCAGCAAGUCGCCCACCGUUCACGAGGUGCAUUCUUCGACCGCGCAUACGACACAUGACGGCCAUGUGGGCGAGGCUAGCAGUGUCUCGAACAGUCCGCAACAUUCAACGCGUCCUUGGAGCCCAUCAAACGUGGUCUCCCCGCUGCGCGAGCACUCGCGCACUCCGGUGUUGAGCCCGCUCAGCGAUCUCUCUUUACCGCAAGUGCACGCGCACUGGUCGUCGCCUCUGCGGAGCCCUUCAGGUGCAGUGUCACCGCUGCACGAGAGUGCUCUGCCCACGCAACUCUCGCCUGGCCAUUUAGAGACACGUCCUUGGAGCCCUUCAGGUGCAGUGUCACCGCUGCACGAGAAUGCUCUGCCCGCGGAAUACUCGCCUGGCCAUUUAGAGACACGUCCUUGGAGCCCGUCAGGUGCAGUGUCACCGCUGCACGAGAAUGCCCUGCCCGCGGAAUACUCGCCCGACUCUCCGUCUCGUCGGCCUGAAAGCCCUGCUUGGAGCUCGUCUGCUGCACCCUAUCCACCACAGCAGCGCCGCACGUCGCCUCUACGCUCUCCGCGUCGCCUACACUCGAGCCCAUCGUGGAGCGCUUUCGGUCAUGCGUCACCAACGCACGACUUUGAGCUGGCGCAUCUGGUACGCAGUCCGCCCAGACAGUCGCUAUUGGACGUGAUUGGGAGUGUCGCGAAACACCUGCCCCGCGUUUGA